CGAGCGCUCAGUGAGGUGAAAGAAGUGUGUUAGAACGGUGUGUUAUCGGUUCACAUUUGCAUCCCUGUGUGGAAAUCAACAGCGCGGAAAAUGGGUAGUAUAGAAUCCAAAUCCAAGAGUGUAGAUAUCAGCACCGCCAACAAGCAGCCAGAACAACAGGAAAAUGGGCAUGUGAAAACCAAUGGCGACGCCCCCACUAAGCAGAAUGGCGAAGCAGCCCCAACCAAUGGCUCCGCUGAGCCCCCUGCAGAAGCUGCCGAAUCGGGAGAAACCAUCGAAUCCGCACCCCCCGCCAACGGGGACCCCAAGCCUGAGGAUCCACCAGGAAAGCAGGCGAAGAAAAAGAAGCGGUUUUCCUUCAAGAAUCUGAAGUUCGGCAACAACCCCUUCCGCAAAACCAAAAAAGAGCAGGCGCCAGAAGAAGAGACCCCUGUAGAUGAAAGUGCAACAGGGUCCCCCCAGGAACCCGAGACCAAGGAUGGAGCCGCGGAAACAUCUCCCGAAGCAGCUCCAGAGAAUGGUGAAUGUGACACAGCAGCGCCCUCUAGUGAUAAUACAGAGGAAGUACAGCCUGAGCCUGCUGCCCUCCCUCCUACUGAAGAUUCCCCUAAACCUGUAGAGAGUGAAGCCAACACAGAAGCCCCCAGCGAACCCCAGAAACAGGAGGAAUAGGAGCGAUGCGGGCUCCUCUUUAAAAGACUUUAAUGCAUCGAGCCUUCCCUCUCACGCACCCCCUGCCCUGUCACCCUUGGAGGGAAAAUAUACUCUGUAUGUAGGUAUGGGGCGGUUUACAUUUCCUUGGACAAAGUGUAGUUGUCUGUGUCAGAAUUAGUCCUCCCUGCAUAUAAAUGUGUAUCAGUAGAAACCAAUGCUUCUUUUGGCAGUGGCAUUUACACAUUUAUACAAGAGCCCUACACCAGUCAGACCCAGAGUGUAUUAUAUUCGGUGAUGUGGCUGCUCCCAUUUAUGUAACAGUGGAAUUCUGUAGGGAAGGAAUGUUCUGUGCACACAGCAAUCUAUGGACCUAUUCUCUGUCUAAGGAAAGAUAAAUGAAACAGGGUAUGAUCCUCUAAACACAGUGGGUGGGGGCAGACCUAUAUUGUGCCAAACGCUGCCUUCCUCCACCCUUCCAAAAAAGUUCCUUCUCUGUACCACUUGUAGUCCCUAGAGCAGAAACUCUUGUGUAGGGUGGGAUCACUUCCUGUGGGGGCUGGCAUUGCACAUCAUCUGUGCCACCACUUAUUCUCUUGGGUAAGCCUGUCACAGCUUUAAUCAGGGAUGGAUGUGUCCUAUACAAUAGAUUCUGCUUUUUAAUAUCUGGGCUCCGAAUCCCAGACAGAUUCCCAUAUUCUAUGUCCCCCCCUUGCACAUUUCUCUACCCGAGUGUUUGUCUCCAGACUGGAACUCAUAGAACUAACUGUGUAAAUAAGCUGAAAUGGCAGUUUCAGUCUGGCGUGGGAUGUGUGACUUGUGAGAGUGGGUUUAUUUCUGUAAAUACUUUAUUUUUAUUUUUUAAUGGUCUGUUGAUGUGGUGACUUUUCUAACUCGAAAGUUGUAUGUUUUCAUUGUGAUAUUUUAAAAAGAAAUAAAUCUUAACCCCCUUUA